AUGGGCAUAAUUGUUGUAGUGAUUGAGAGGAAUCGGGCUACAAAGAUUGACAUAUAUCUUGUUUUUCCUGAAACAGUCCGACAUUUAGAUCAGAAGGAAGAUUCAGAAGCUGUUAAACAUGUCCUUGCUAUCACUUUACCUCCUCUGAAAAUAUGUAUUAUAGAGGAAUUGCCAGAUGAUUGUGAUGUCCCUAUAGAUGUUGUUGGUAUCCAUGUUGAUGCAGCCAUUGAUGGGGUACAUGAAGAGCUUGAUGCUGAUCAAUAUUCAGAGGAAUUUCAGGAUGUUGACUUUGAUGAACCUGAUGAAGAGGAAUAUGAAGAAGAGUUUGACUACAUGGAUUAUGAAAGUGAUAUGGAGAACCAAAUACCAGAGGUGGUUGUGCUUUCAGAUUCAGAGGAUGAUAUUGCUAAGGAGAGCCAAGACAAAGUUCAGCGUGACAGAAAAGGGAAAGGAAAGCAAACUGGCUGUAGUAGAAGAGAGAAUGAUGAAGAUUUCAUAUUGGAGGAGGAAGAAUUUGAGCAAGAUGUUGAAGCUGAGAUAGAGAUGGGUACACAGUCUAACCCUAGGAGGUGGUGGCAAUCAGUUUCAGAUUUUUGUACUCAAAAUGUUGAUGAUGGAGACUCAGAUGGUAUAUGUUUUGAGGAGGAGUUACACGAAUUGAAGUCAGAUGAUGAGUUUGAUGCUGGUAAAAAUUUCAAAGAAUUCAACCCGAAAACCAAAAUGCAAAACUUCCAAUUUGUUCUUGGCAUGGAAUUUUCUAUUGUUACAAUUUUAAGGAAUGCAAUAAGGGAGUACUUUAUUGAAGGUGAUCGAGAAUAUGUAUUUAUUGCCAAUGAUUCAAAUAGAGUUAGAGUUAAGUGCAAGGGUGCAAACUGUGAAUGGAUGUUGUUUGCUUCAAUUGUUAAUAAGACAAAUGGCAAGACAAUGAGGGUCAAAACACUUGUUGACAAGCACAGUUGUGGCAUUGUUUUGGACAAUAAAAAGCUGACCUCAACUUGGCUUGCAAAGCAAUUUUUGGAGCAAUUUAGGCUAAAUCCGAGUAUGGAAUGCACUGCAUUUAGGGAGAUAACUGCAAAGACCAAGUACUCACGUGUGUCUAGCUGGACAUUUUACAGAGCCAAGACAAAAGCAAGGAAGAUGCUGGAAGGGUCUGUCAAGGAACAAUACGCCAUUCUUGAUGAUUACUGUAAAAGGUUGUUGGCUACCAAUUCUGGCUCUACUGUGAAGUUGAAAACUGAUUUGGUUAAUGGGAGAAGGACAUUUCAGCGUAUUUAUAUUUGUCUUAAGGCAUGUAGAGAUGGCUGGUUGGGGGGUUGUAGACCUCUAAUUGGUCUUGAUGACUACUUUUUGAAAAGAUAUUGUAGGGGAAUUUUAUUGGCUGCAGUAGGCAUUGAUGAUAAUAACUCCAUGUUUCCCAUUGCCUAUUGUGUUGCUGAAAAGGAAAACACUGAGGUUUGGACUUGGUUCUUGGAGCUUUUGAAGGAUGAUCUCGGGAAUUUGAGUCAUACCAAGGUGACAAUGAUGAGUGAUCAUCAAAAAGGAUUAGAAAAUGCAGAAUAUCCCGGGCUUUUACUUAAGCAACUUUUGUGGGCAGCAGCUAAUACUACAACAAAAGCUGAGUUUGCUCGAGCAAUGCAAGAAGUCAAGGAUGUCUUGGAUGGUGCUUACAAUUGGCUAGCAGGGAAGAACCCCAAAAAAUGGAGUAAGUCACAUAUUUCAGAGUACCCAAAAUGUGACAUUUUGGUGAAUAAUUUGUGUGAGAGUUUCAUUGCAACCAUACUUGAUGCUCGUGACAAGCCAAUUAUAACUUUACUAGAGAAAAUUAGAAUUCGGUUGAUGUUUCAGUUUUAUAACAAAAAAGCUGAGUUGGAGAAGAUGACUCAACCUAUGGGGAAGAGAAUUUUGAAGAUAAUUGAGAAGCAAAAAGAGGUUCCAAAGCAUUGUCUGGUUACUAGGUCUGACAAGUUUGAGUUUCAGGUUCAAUGCAGCAAUGGUAGUGCCUUAGUUGUCGAUUUGGAAUUCAGAACUUGUACAUGUAGGAGGUUUCAACUAUCUGGGCUUCCUUAUGGCCAUGCACUAGCUACUAUUUGGUUCAUGGGAGGUAAUGUCUUUGAUUAUGUCCACGAAUUCUAUAAAAAAGAUUUGUUGCAAAAAGCAUAUGAACAGAGUGUGCAUCCUAUGCCUAGUCCAGAUAUAUGGCCUCAGACAGGACUCAACCUAAUUGAUCCACCACCUCAGACGAAGCUGCCUGGAAGACCUAAGAAAGCUAGGAGAAGGGAGACAAAUGAACCUCCACCUGCUUUAAAGAAAGCUCGAAGAACUGGACAAGUUAAAACAUGCAGCAAUUGUCUGAAAACAGGGCACAGGAGAGAAACAUGCAAAUCUGCUAAGGUGGUUAAGAAUCGUGUGGUCAAAAAGCGAGGUCGUCCACCACUGCAGAAACCAACUGAAGCCACACUUUUAAGGAAGGAAAGAAGGCUGAAACAACAUGCUAAAGGAGGAACUAGUGGCACAAAGAAUGCUCAACCCGAUACUGGAAGGGGUUUCAUCUUUUGA